AUGAAAUCGUUUGCGAUCGGUAGCUUGACCGUGCUGCUGGUUUUCAGCAUCGCCCUCGGUUCCACCAAGGCGGACUCGACCAUCUUUGGUCACGAUCCGGUGCACUAUCAAAUGCCAGCCGCCUCCACGUUCGUGGUGUCCGACUUCUUGCAAUUCCUCCAGACGGCCGUAACCUGCCUCAACAAGCUGCGCAUUCCGGAGGAACGGUUCCCGCUCUAUCUGGCCGGUGUGUUCCCGAACUGCCCAGAGACGCAGUGCUUUGUGCGCUGCCUUUCGGCCAACCUGCAUCUGUACUGCGACGAAACGGGCUCGGACAUCGAUCGCCACUACCUGCAGUACGGCAUGGGACAGGACUACAACUGCUUCCGGCAGAAGGCGGAACAGUGCCUGGCCGCCAACACCUCGCCGUGCAACGACCCGUGUGAGUCCGCGUACAAGCAGGAGCUGUGCUUCCUCGACGAGUUCCGCAAGUACGUCGACACCAACAUGAACUCGCUCAUCGCUGCCGUCGCCGUGGAAAAGGCAGAAAACGGUGUCGUCCACUACAACAUGCUGGCCCGUUGCUAG